AUGGUUGAAGAGGGUAGCCAACGAGUGGUUCAUUUGAUGAAUCUAGUUCCGUCAACUUGCGUUCCGGCGGAUGCAAUUGACGAACGUAUUCGCCUGUUAGAGGAAAUCGAUCCAGUCACCAAGAAGUCUGGCUUCUUAGAGGAAUUUGAGCGCAUUCAACAAGUAGAUGACCAAUUUUCUUCUCGACGUGAAGGGAAAAAGGAGCAGAACAUAAGCAGGAAUCGGUUAUUUCUGAAGGACGUUUCUCCUAGCGAGUCUGAUUAUAUCAAUGCCAGUUAUAUAAAGAUACCAAAAGGACCACCGCUUCAUCUUUACGCUAAUCGAGAGUAUAUUUCCACGCAAGGUUGUCUUCCGAAUACUCUUCUUGACUUUUGGCGAAUGGUAUGGCAGGAAAAUAGUCGCGUGAUAGUGAUGACUACAAAGGAAAUGGAGCGAUCACGGAGCAAAUGUCACGUUUAUUGGCCGGCAUUACGCGAAGAGCUUAAUCUUCGUGAAUACGUGAUCAAGACUGUUGAGGAGACGAAAGUACCGGGCGACAACGGACUAGAUAUGUUCAUUAAGCGGCGUUUCAUGGUAGCUAAAAAAGGUAUGCCUCAGCGAGAACUAUUUCAUCUGCAGUUCAUCGGUUGGCCUGAUCACGGAUGUCCAGAACAUCCGGAAUCUGUGUUACGUUUCCUGGAUGCUGUGGAUGUGGCUUGCAAGAAGGCCAUCUCGACGCAGGGUCCUGUAAUUGUGCACUGCAGUGCAGGCAUUGGACGAACGGGGACGUUUAUAGUGAUAGACAUUCUCCUCAAUCAAAUUCGGCACAGAGGAAGUUCUUGUCCCAUUGAUAUACCACGCACGGUGAUGAAAAUUCGCGAACAGCGCAGCCGUAUGGUUCAAACGGAAGCGCAAUAUGUCUUUCUGUACAGAGCAAUUAGUUGCUAUAUAGCUAUGCAAAGUCGGUCUCGACAUCCUUCCGAUGAGACGGGUACCGGUGAAGGAGGGCAUCCGCUACAUCUUCCACCACCCCCAGUUCCGCGACGACGAGCGGUACCUGAGGUCGCUCAGGCAUAUGAUAAAAAUCGUCUGCGUCAUUUCACUGACUCAUGGAAUUUAUGCGGUGUAAAAAUCGUUUGUGCUAGUGUUUGUUUAGUUAAUUUACACUUUGUAAACAUUUUAUUUUUUUAUUACUGA